AUGGCUCAUCUAUGGAGCCUUCUGGCGUUCAUUGCAUCGGCCGCAACUGUGAUCUCGCCGGCAGCAGCUGACAGUCAAGGUUCCUUGCUCUGGGAUCCUCCCUACGAAAAUGAAGCAAAUGUGUAUGCUAGGGCUGUAGAACUUCAGCAUGCCGGGUCUAGCAAUGGCAAGCUACUAGCCACUUGGGAGCAUUGGUAUGCCAAUACCACCGAGAAUGCUGCGUACCCAAACGGCACUGAGGGCAGCUUCAUCAUUCGCGAGAGUGAAGAUGGCGGAGAGACCUGGAACACUUUGACAACCAUCUUCGACACGCAGACAGGACCCGGCCAUCCUUGCGCGCGCUUCUGGCAACCAUUCUUCUUUGAGUUCCCACACCAGCUUGGUGACUAUCCGGAAGGCACGCUGCUCCUAGUCGGCAACCUUGUGCCUACCAACAAAUCAUUCACCGAGUUCUUCACCUGGAGAUCGAGCGACCACGGACGCACUUGGGACCCCGUGGGAGCUUGGCAAGAAGGCGGUACGACGAGAGCCGGGAUCUGGGAACCUUUCCUUUACCUAGAUGGAGAUGGGGCACUCAUGGCUGCCUUCUCCGAUGAGAGAAACGCCACAACCCACAGCCAGAUGCUGGUUCAAGUCGUAUCCAGAGAUGGCGGAGAUACAUGGGGCGACGUUAUCCCUACCGUAGCGAGUGACAUUCAGACAGAUCGCCCUGGAAUGCCCACUGUUACGUUGAUGGAUAAUGGCGAGUAUUUGAUGGCCUACGAGGUUUGUGGACGGGAUCCAUUGAACUGUCCCGUCUACGUGAAAACAUCUCCCGAUGGGAAAACAUGGGUUGAGAAUGAUCUGGGCACUGCCGUCGUAUCUGAGGACGGGCGCUAUCUUGGAUCCAGUCCGUAUGCGCUCUGGGACCCGUCCACAAAGCAGUUGCUUCUUGCUGGACAUAAUACUUGGGACAUAACGGCCAACACAAGAACUGCUGAAGCUCAGCGUAGCGUAUACAUCAACAAAAACUAUGGGGUUGGUAACUGGUCUUGGGCUCCCUCUCCCUGGGCUGUCAGCUAUGCUUCGUCUGCAUGCAACUCCAAUUACAGCCCCCACAUGCUUCUUCGUUCGAACGGAAUCAUCCGUUAUACGUCCCCAACCAGCCAAGGUUCUUCUGGAUAUUGUGCUGUGCGAACCGGACAGGCGCCUAUUGGGGGUUUGCCAUACGCGGCUGACUUCGCAGCUAGUGGACAGCUCGGCUGGAUCAACACCGGAGCAACUGGCAAGGUGACCUGGUCUGUUUCAGGUGACCAAUACAACUUUGGCACAGUUGGGGACUCUAUUUCUGCUCUGGCCAUUACAGGAUCAACGGGCUGGACAGACUACAAGAUCAGUGCUGAUGCACAGAUUGUUGGCAGCAACGGGACUGCAGGCCUACUUGCACGAGUGUCUCGACCAAAGCCAGGCCUUGACCAAUUUUACGGCUACACGUUGGCUAUUGAAAGCUCGACAGGGAACGUGACUCUAUACAUGAACACGGACAACGCCGUCGCCUUGGUCUCAAUAGCCUUCUCCGGAGGAAUUGAACCGGGCGCAUGGUACUCCAUGUCCCUUGCCGUCCAAGGCUCGCAAUUGACGGCAGCACUCAGCUCCGAAGAUUCUAGCUCUAACGUGACGUUCACUGUGAGCAACGAUAAUCAUCCAUGGGGCAUGGCUGGGUUGAUUGGGAAAGUUGGGGGAGGGGGUUUUAGGAAUGCAUUUAUUGAAAAAAUCACGAUGCAUUCUACUACAACACUAGAUCGACAAAUUUAA